AUGGCACACUUUAGCAUUAGUAAAUCUUUCGAUCUGGAGGGUCUGGAGCUGAGGAAGGCGGAGGCCAACAGCGCUUUCACGCAAUCCGACUACAAAACCGCGUCAAAACUGUAUUAUAACAUUAUCAAAGACGCUGUUGGCAUAGAUACUCUUGAUGUUGAUGUGGAAUUUUUGAAGAAUCGAGUGAAAAAAUGGUCGUCUCAACUUACACACCCCGACUUCAGGAGACUUCUGUCGACAGUCACGUCAAACAUGGCUAUGUGUUGUAACCGCAUGGAAAAAAGGGAAGAUGCAAAAACACUGUUUGAAACCGCGCUAGUCUUCGAUGAGAACAACUACAAGGCGAACUACAACCUUGCACAUUCCCACUUGAUAUCCAAGGAUUAUAACAUGUCGCUGUAUUAUAUAGAGAGGUGUCAGAAAAUAGUUAAAUCUGAUCUUCCUAGUUGGAAAAAUAAAAAACAACCUCACUUAGAUUUAAUGGAACAGGUUAGGCAGACUUUGAAAAAAAAUGACGUGACUAGAGGGGGUGUAAACGACCCGAAGCAAUUAGCAGAGGAAGUUUGUAAUGAAAACAACGUGACCCUGAAUCUGCAAAAGCUCAGACUGAUUCCGACUAAAAAGAUGAUUCAGUCGGAGGCGCUGCCAGAACUGGUUGAACUGUGUCAAAAUAAAGUGAGGGACAAAAUAGUGGACGACGUACUGGUUUCAGUUUGGUCAUGUUUGUACCAUAUGUUAUAUAAGUGCGAAGAAGAAUAUAAAGAGGAACUGCACGCACAAUUCAUGAAUAGUUUUAAAAGCAGAGAAUGCAGUUUGUACGACUAUGCCAAAAGUUUGUUGAACAUUAACAAAGAGAGUGAGCAAGCAGAAGUUGUCUCAGUGUUAAACAACGUGGCCAAGUGUUGUCCCCUGGUCAAAGGAGUAGAUGGCUUGAAAGCGUUGCUGCUCCUUAUGGAACCGGAGAUGCUGGACGUGGAUUUAGUACUCAGCUCAAUAUUGGUGUACUUUUCAAAAACAGCAGCAGUUGCACCAGUUAAGCAGAAGGACGCGUCAUUUAACCUGGCGCUGUCGAAGGUGCUGCAAAAGCUGAUAUCAAUGUGCGACGAGGAGUGUUUGGGGUUAAGGGAGCAGUUGGAGGCAUGCCUGAUGAGUAUCUUCAGAAUGGAGUUCGAAGGCUACGAGGUGACGCAGGACAGCUUCAGCAACAUGGUCAACAGCGCGCUGGAGCCAUACGUGAACACAGAGCUGGACGGAGUGAGUGGGAAACCCCUGCUCUCAUUUGAAAACAACUGGUACGUAGCAGCAAAGUGUAUGUUUCUGGCAAACAAGACGAUCUUUAAGGCGCACGUGGUUGUCACAGGGGCAGUGCAGCAUUUAUGUCGAGUGCAUUUUACAGACUAUUCAGAAAGAACAAGAAGGCUGUCUUUUGAAACGCUUUUAAACUGCGUUGACUUUGUGGAGUUCAGACAGGAGAUGUUGGACUUUGUACACGAUAACCAGUGCUUUCUGGAGCUCCUGAAUUCACCAGAAGUAGUCAGAUUUAGCAACGAGUUGGUAAACAGCGCCAAGGUAAAUGCCACUAUGACAGGGCCAGAGGGAGAAGAAGUGAGUAAACACAGUGGAAAACAUGAAUUUUUAAGAUGGAUGGUAGAAAGUAGAGUCCUGAUGUUUGCAAAGGUCAGUUUGCACUCAGCAGAGGUGAAAGAUGAGGUGUUGAACCACUUUGACCUGUGUACUUUGUUGCCAAAGAUGGUGCUGAACACAAUAAACAGUGGCCUGGAAGAGGAUAUGGUGUUGCAGGCACUGUCAUUUGCAACGCUGCACGAGGAGUUCAAAAGAGCAGACCUGUCAUUCAUACCAGAACUGGUAACCAAAUAUAAAAAAACAGACUGCUCAACUCUGUUGGUGGUGCAGAGCAUAACAAACCUGCUUCGAGGAAGUAAGGACAGGAACAGUUUCAUAGAGGACUUGGAGUUGGCGAAGUACGACUCAGAGCAGCUGAAGCAGCUAAAGACGCUCCAGGAAAGGUUGCCAGCACAGGCGAAGCUGACGACUAACGGAAACUACUUCGAAGGCAACGACGAGUCGGCGAACAUGGCGAGGAGCGUGGUGUUCUCGGUCGGAGACAACGCAGUGCCGACGUACUUGGCGAAGGUUCACAAGUCAGCGGCCUCGGAGCACACGAAGAUGCUGCUGGUGGAGGCACUGCACUACCUGGCGCUGAACGUAAACCACCGCAGACAGCUGAACGCGUUGGGAGUGCUGCGGAUACUCAUCAACGUGGCAAACUCGAGUAAGUACCGCCAGAGCGAUAACAGACUGGCGGCCACAUAUCGCAGCAUGAGUUGCUACAAGCUGGUGGUGCAGUCGGUAGCGCACCUGUGCAUUGCGACCUCUCCGACGAACCUCACCUUCAACGACGCGCAGGACGCAGUGAAGCCGCUGCUGAACCUGCUCGAGGACGAAAACGAGCUCUUUCAGUACGAGUCUGCGCUGGCGCUGACGAACCUGCUCUCGAUCAACGACGACGUCAGGAGGAGGGUCUUCGCGCUCGGAGGCUGGGACAGGUUCUCGAGCCUCCUCUUCUCGGACAACGAGAUGCUGAAGACGGCGGCGCUCGAGGGCUGGUGCAACUUGUGCGCGGGCGACGACGUCGUCCACGGCCACUUCUACGGGAAGAUAAGGGCGCAGGUCGAAGCCACGCCCGAGGGGAACGUGUUCGAGGUGAGCGUGCACGACAUCAACAUAAUGCUGAUGUUUAUAGCCCACAACCUCAGGCAGAACACGGUCUCGGCAGCAUCAGGCGCUUUCGCCUUACUGGUCAGAGAUAGUAGAAUUGCCCAGUACAUGCCCUUUGUCUCAAGGUUUGAAAACGUGCUCAAGACUCUGGAUGGAACAGACGACGCUUCUAUCAUCCACAGGCUGCUGACGGCUCUGUCCUGCGUGGUCAACUCGAAGUUGAGGGACGCCAACGAGGUCAACGAAGCCCACUUCAACUCAGUGGUCGAAAACAUAAGGGCCGCAGUUCGUCACACUGCUGGACCUCUAUAA